AUGUCAUAUACCAUGAACGUGUUAGGAAAGGUGUUUGUUCUUGGAAUAUUUAUCCAGAUAGAGUUGUGUAUGGCAAGAAUACAUAAUUUAGAAAUAACAAGUGAUGCCCGAAAAUACAUUGCUCUCAGUUCUUUUGGGUUUUAUAAUGGAGGGUACUUAGAAGUUGAGCUCACAAACUUCAGAACCAAUCCUGAAAAUGAUUCCUACACAUUCGGCUUCAGUUUGGACAAAACUAUCAAUGAUGGAGUCAAUCCUUAUCUUGAGAGUCAUCAGGAGCGCUGUAUUUUAUUAUCCUCCAAACAAAAAAUUGAUAAUGACUUUGUCAUCACCUUCAGGAUGGAUCUCAAAAACAAAAAGUUACUCAUAGACUGUGAAGAAGGUCAUAGUGUCCAUAUUUACCAAUAUACAGAAGAGAUAAUGAGAGAUGCAACUGGACCAUGUUUGAACAAGAAAUUUGAUAUUGCAUCAGCUUUCAAGGAUGGGCAUACAUAUUACAAUACUUCAUUUGUGAUGGCAGUGAGGACCAUCCAAGAAGAAGGCCUCUACAACCUCUUCUUCCACAGCUGCCCUAACUACAACUCAAAUACAGAAACCCUGAUAGACUUUGACAUAAAAAUAGUCGAGCACAAUCCCAGCAGCUACCUAUCAGCAGGCGACAUGCCUCUACCGGCUCUCUACUGCAUGAUGUCGAUCCUCUUCCUUCUAUCUGGAAUGUUCUGGGUGUUUCUGCUGAAACAAUCCAAACACCCUGUUUUCAAAAUCCACUACAUGAUGGCGGUGCUGGUUUUCUUAAAGGCCAUCUCGCUGGCUUUCCACGGGGUCAAUUACCACUACAUAGAGAACCUUGGAGUGCACCUAGCCACAUGGGCUAUUCUUUUCUACAUAGCGCAUCUGCUGAAGGGGGCGCUGUUGUUCGUUGUUAUCGUGCUUGUUGGGACUGGUUGGACUUUCAUCAAGCAUGUUCUGACCCCAAGGGACAAGAAGCUGUUCAUGGCUGUUAUUCCACUGCAGGUGUUGGCUAAUGCUGCUGAGAUAAUUCUGGAGGAGAGUGAAGAGGGGGCCAGAGAGUAUCUGGCUUGGAAGAACUUUGUAAUAUUGGUGGAUUUGCUGUGCUGCGGAUGCAUCUUGUUUCCGGUCGUGUGGUCCAUCAGACAUUUGCAGGAAGCCUCGCAGACCGACGGUAAAGCGGCCACCAAUCUGCGCAAACUCAAACUCUUCCGUCACUUCUACGUCAUGAUCGUCUGCUACAUCUACUCGACAAGGAUCAUCGUGUAUUUGCUGAAGAUCACGGUGCCUUUCCAGUUCGGCUGGCUGCACGAGAUGUUCCGCGAGAUGGCGACAUACGUGUUUUUCGUACUCACCGCCUACAAGUUCCGGCCGGCGUCGCAGAAUCCUUACUUUGCGUUGAGUGAUGAUGAGGACGACGAGGUCGAUCAAGUCCUCACCGAAUCUGGGGCAACCGAAGGUCUGAAGAAAGUCAACUCUCGGAUAGUGAAAGUGCCUCUCCAUCAACAGAAUCUAACAGAGGUGACAGAAGAAGAAAAGGAUGCUCUAUUAGGGCAAAGAGAAAAU